UCGGAGGACGAAAAAUUGAAAAACGUCAACAAAGUGGCGGAAAUAUUAAGCGGUCGAGAUCCGCUUAGAAAACUACCUGAAAAGAGUUCAAUAGCAAAGCAAAAAACAAGGUAUAGUGCCAACGGGAUUGCAGAGGACUUGCCUGUCUUUAUCGGGGAAACGAGAGACCAGCUUUACCGAAAGCUCAGGCAGAAUAAGCGUCAUACAAGUGAAGACAUCCCAGUGACCACUAGUAAGACAAGAGCAACCUCCCUCGAUAACGGAAUCUUGGACAGAACUGACGCGGCAACUCCAAGACCUGGUCUAAAGAUGAGGUCAUUUAGUGCUGGUGUCGGUCUUGAUAAUUUGUUGAACGAAAAAGAACAACUGAAGGAAAGCAAGCCUGAUGACGAGCCAAGCAAGCAACGUUCCGGGGGUGAUGAGAGUCUUUCAGUACAAAGUGAGAGUUCAGCCACUGACUCUGAGUAUUCCGAUGAAGUGGAGGAGACACUUCUCAAGUUGGAGAAGAAGAGUUCACCUCAAUUUGGUGCAAGACAAAGCAAUGGAAGAGGAAGCCCAACUAGGAAGAAGCAUGUUGUUCUUCGAUCAUUCUUCGCAGAGGAAAGCGGUGAGGUAUCUCUGGAGGAAGGCGAGGAGGUUGACGUGCUGCAGAAAGGGUCCAGCGGUUGGUGGUACGUCAAAAAUGAUUUCUGUGAGGGGUGGGCACCGAGCGCUUUUCUUGCCCCUGGCAGAUCCAGGUCCAUAUCUCCAGAGACCUUAGAUCAGCAGGAAAUUUCAGACAACCAGGACGAGCAUUGGCAAAUCAAAGAAAAUUUGGAUAGCUGGCCCAAACAGAAACGUGAUGACUUGAAAAGACUCGUCCCUCAAGGAAAAGAGAAGUCCCCGGGUAGGAACGUUGCGAAAGUCGCCGCUCCGACGAUAACAUCUGAAAUGAACCGACGAGCCAAGCUGCUUACAGUCGAAGGAAUACAAAAGAGGAAGAAUCCCGAUAAAAAUUACGUUUAUAUUCUCAAAGUGGUGUGGUCAGAUGGGAACAUUAACAUAAUCUACAGGACAUGCAGUGAUUUUUUCUUUCUUCAGGAAAGCCUCAAAAAGGAAUUUCCGUCAGCCUUUGGAAAGGAAAUCCUUGCUCUUAAAGGGAGGAAAUUCAGUGAAAACUGCCAGUUCUGCUUUAGAGAUGGAACAUGCAAGAGACAGAAGUUCAUGAACCAAUUCUGCCACGAACUAAUCAAUGCACCUGACAACAUUUCAAAAAGCCAAGUUGUUAUGGACUUCUGCAGGUCUCGUGCCAGUGAUGUCCAUCCUCAUGGAGAGUCUGCAAAGAUGGAUGGCAAGACAACAGAGAAUGAUGAGGAGAACAAGGAGAUCUCGGCACCAAUGAUGUUUGAACAAUACGUAGUGACAGCUGACUACCAAAAGAAAAACAAGAAUGACAUUUCUCUCAAAGCUGGUGAUAUCAUUGAUGUCAUUGAAAGGAACGACUACGGCUGGUGGCUUGUUGACCGGGAAGGAGAGUUAGGUUGGGCUCCUGCAUCUCAUCUUGAGCCCACGGACAAUGGGUCAGAGAUUACUACAUCAAAAGUCUUUACACCUGGGAAAGAGGAGAUAUACAUGUCCAUAAAAAGCUAUCAGGCUCAAGCUGACGAUGAGCUGUCUUUUGAUGCUGACGUGAUGCUUAAAGUGGUGGAAAAGACUUUAGAUGGAUGGUGGAUUGUAAGCCCGCGUUUCUCAAGCGAGCGAAGGUUGUCCGUGUCGCGUGCAUUCCUCGCGUUCAGAAAAUACGCAAAAAAUUCUCAUGAACAUGGCGCUAGGCAAGGAAUCUCGCGCACACCUCCUACAAGGCGAAGCAUGGUUCAAAGAACAGUUCGCAACAUACAAAAGCGAAACUCUAUGGAAACCAAUGGUACACCAGGCGAUGAAAAUGGCAGCUCCAAGACCACCAGCCAAUCAGUUUCAGAAGCAGCAACAGUAAAUACCACGGCUAUAAAUAGGAAGGUUCUACCACGCUCCACAGACGUGUCCUUGUCAAGAUUCUCGCCCCAGACCCUAUCUUGCGAGUUUAGUCAAGGUUACUUGAACAACUCACUCCGGUCUGGCCAGUUAAGUGGUGGAUAUGGUAACUCACUAAGCGCAAGCCUUUCGUCCCUUGUGUCAUCUAAUGUUUUCACCGAGGAACCUAGUACUAGUGGCAUGAAGAAGUAUGCAUCACAUCCAUGGUUAGACAAUGUUGAAGGCGGCCUGGCAAUGUCGCGUCCUUCUCUAGCGGUGCCCCUUUCAAAAUCUGCCACCUCAUUGGAACACUACAAGAAUGAAAUGGAACUAAGUUUGAAUGGUGUCUACUCGACAGGCAAAAAAUCAAGUUCAGUAGGAAACAGUCCUAUUCCACCACAAAGAAAGAUUUCUUCAAGCAGGAGCUCACAUGCCUGUUCCCGCCCUAGACGUCGCGAUUCUGGCUUUGUGUCGCUGUUUAGGCCGUCACCCAGGGUAUCCCGUUCAGAUUUCCACUAUGAGAAUCAAGAGGAAAACAUUGCUUAUCCAAGAUUCUACAGAGCGAUGUACACGUACAAUUCUCAGGACGAUGGUGAAGUUGCUUUCAGGGAGGGAGAUGAAGUAGAGGUGAUUCAAAGAAGCGAGAAUGGCUGGUGGCUCGUACGAACAUCAGAGGAACUUGGAUGGGGACCUUCUAAUUUCUUACAGUCCCUGGCAUACUGAAGCAUUCAUGCCUUAUCAUUCGUAAAAGAACAGAAAAGAGCUAAAAGAAUGAAAGUCGCGGAGCUUUCCGACACGUGUAGGGCUCAAGACUGACUUUAAAAUACAACUGUUAUUUGCUGUUAGAACUUUUUUCGUAAAGGAUUGAUCCAUGCCGCUGUUUCUAUAUCUAAAUAUACUUUAUUGUCUGACAAAGCAGAAUAUCUGCAUUACAUUAGUUUACAAAAUAAAUAAAUAAAUAAAUAAAUAAACAAGCAAAUAAAUAAAUAAAUAGUUAAAUGAAGUUUUUAAAAGUAUUAUGCACAGCCUAAGAUAAAUGAAUUAAGAGAAAACAUUUAUAAGAAAGAAUUAAUAUAAAUUAAAACCACUCUCCAUGUUCAAUAAAGAGGUCACGAACGGCAGCCUUAUAAACACAGUGCGUUUUAUCAGGUAGGAUUGAGAACUGUACACGUUUCCGCAGUUUCAGCAGGGAAUUAUUCCAAAGUAGGAAAUGUUGUUUUUGUUCGCUUGUUCGAUAAAGGAAACCCACUCUUUUGCCAAAAGAACUUUGUAUUCCCAAUGCAAACAGACCGAAAAUCAACAGUUUUGUUUAUUUUUUUUGCUUAAUAUUUAUAGCGCAAGUUGUUCAACGAGUUCUCCCAUGCGCAGAAUGGGCAUAGUAGAGAACAAGCAAAGAAUACGAUCAGUUAGGAAAACUGGUCAGACUUCCAGAAUUGACCUAAUUGUGAUAUUUCCAGAUUUCUGUAUAAAACCUAGUCUAAACAUGGAAUCAGACUCCAUUCGUGCAAAAGUAUUUAUACAAUUCAACUUUCCAUUUACGUUGCAAAUUUAGCGGACUUCUUAUUGAGGACUGCAGAAUCACAGAAUCUAUAAUCAUCUUGACAAUGGCAACACGAUGACACCGAAACGUCGGUUUUUAUCGUUUUCAC